AAGCAAAAGAAAGAUGAGCUUCCUCUGUGGACUACAGUCUGCUACUAGAAACUGUGUUUUCUUCCGCUGUAACUUACUGGCCAGCUUGAGAAAAUGCAACAUGUCAACAGUAACCACCCCAGGCUGUCAUCAAGUACAGAAUAACCAUCUAGUAAAUAAGUAUCAGGAACUGGGGGUAAAUCACUGCGAUAGGUUGACUUUUCUACCUGGAAACUUGCAUUUUUGUAGGACUUUUAAUAAUAAAAAACCAGAAUACCUCUCAAGUAUCAAAAGCAAGGAAAUUUGGGUGAUUACCAGCAAAUGUACUGUAUGGAAUGGCUCUUUUUCAAGACAGCUGCCAAUAAAAGAUGUUACAGCCGUUCCUGCUCUUCCAGUAUCGUGUCUUCAAAGCCGUUCUCCCAUAAGAGCUAUCAGGAAUUUUCACACUUCUCCACGGUUUCAAGCUGCUCCAGUUCCUCUCUUGCUGAUUAUUCUUAAACCAGUGCAGAAGCUCCUUGCAAUCAUUGUAGGCAGGGGCAUAAGAAAAUGGUGGCAGGCACUUCCUCCUAACAAGAAAGAACUAUUUAAAGAAAGUGUAAGGAAGAAUAAAUGGAAAUUAUUCUUUGGUUUGAGUGGUUUUGGAUUGCUAUUUGUAGUGUUUUAUUUUACUCACCUGGAAGUAAGUCCAAUCACAGGAAGGAGCAAGCUUCUCUUAUUGGGGAAAGAGCAUUUCAGACUUUUAUCAGAACUGGAAUAUGAAGCAUGCAUGGAAGAAUUUAAAAAUGAUGUGCUAACGGAGAAAGAUGCCCGAUACCUGACUGUUAAAGAAGUGGUUUAUCAUCUAAUUGAAUGCAAUAAAGAUAUCCCAGGGAUCUCUGAGAUCAAUUGGACUAUUCAUGUAGUUGAUUCUCCAGAUAUAAAUGCCUUUGUGCUUCCAAAUGGUCAAAUGUUUAUUUUCACUGGGCUUUUAAAUAGUGUCACUGAUGUUCAUCAACUUUCCUUCCUUCUGGGCCAUGAACUAGCACAUGCAGUACUUGGGCACGCUGCAGAAAAGGCUAGCAUGGUUCAUUUAUUGGAUUUCCUGGGAAUGAUUUUUCUCAUAAUGGUUUGGGCCAUUUGUCCUCGAGAUAGUUUGGCACUUUUGGGCCAGUGGAUACAGUCUAAAUUGCAGGAGUAUAUGUUUAAUAGACCAUACAGUAGGACAUUGGAGGCUGAGGCUGACAAAAUUGGACUACAGUUUGCUGCAAAGGCUUGUGUAGACAUAAGAGCCAGUUCAGUGUUUUGGCAGCAGAUGGAGUUUUCAGAUAGCCUGCAUGGUCAGCCCAAGUUGCCGGAAUGGUUAUCGACACACCCUUCUCAUGGAAAUCGAGCUGAGCACUUGGAUAGACUUAUACCUCAGGCUGUCAAAAUUAGAGAGAAAUGUAAUUGCCCACCACUUUCUGGACCAGACCCUCGAUUACUGUUUAAACUCAGCGUGAAACAUUUUCUUGAAGAAUCAGAGAAAGAAGACUUAAAUAUCACUGUUAAGAAACAGAAAAUGGAUACUCUUCCCGUUCAAAAACAGGAGCAAAUACCAUUAACAUACAUAGUUGAGAAAACAACUGGCAGUUGAAUUAAAAUUUAUGAAACAUAGGAUAUAUGAAGAAUGUAGCGAUUUUUAACAUUUUUAUGUUACUUUUUAAAAAAUGAUGGUUGAAAUGAAAACAUUGAUAUUUAAAUUUAAACAUUGUAAAUUGAUAUCAAAUCAUGUACAUUACAGAUAUCUAAAUUCAUCUAGGUAUUUUUUCAUGAAAUAUUGAUGUGUUUUACUCUAUUUUAAAAUAUCUCAAUGAGGAAAAUGUAAGAGAAUAAAUUUAUAUUACACAUUUUA